UUGAAAGAGGCGCCUUAAUCGGACGGAGUUUAGUUACCGGACGGACGUUGGAUUGUAGGAGCCAUGGGCGUAUCGGAUGAUGCUAACAGGACGCUGUUCAUUGGGAACUUGGACGCGAAAGUAACGGAGGAGCUUCUGUUCGAACUGUUCCUCCAGGCCGGUCCGCUUGUGACAGUAAAAAUCCCCAAAGAUAAGGACGGGAAGUCAAAGCAGUUCGCAUUCGUGCAUUUUAAACACGAGGAGUCAGUCCAUUACGGAAAGGAUUUGCUGAAUGGAAUCCCGCUAUUUGGCAGGGCUAUCAAAAUCCAGUUCAGAUCAGGUAGUUCUCAUGAAUCUCGGGAAGGAAGCCUGUCUCAGACUUCAACUGCUUUCAGUCCCUACCAGACAAACCAGUUCAAUAACAAUAGGUUGGAUCGAUCAACAGAUAGAGGAUCUCAGGUAUUUGCAACUCCACAAUUGGUUCAGAGAUCAUUUUCUACACCUGAUAAUCUUCAAAGACAGGUCACGGUAAGAGAAAUGGGUGUUUAUGGCAAAAGUAUGUUUUCAGCCUGAGUUUCUUGGAAUAAA